GGCGCUUGGCGGCUCCGGGAUGGUGGUGGGGGUUGGUCUGCUGGUGUGCACGCGGGGGCCUGGGGAAAGCGAAGGCGGGCGGCUGUUGUUGCAUCCUCCGCGAAGACCGACAGCCACCUCCAGCCGGGAGUCGCUAGGCGCCUUCAAAGAGCGGAGCGCGGCGCAGCGGCGGCGGAUUCCCGCAGUUAAGAUGUAGCUGAAGACCUCCUCCUUCAACCGACCAGCCGAGGGCGAAGAAACUCCCCAGCUCUAAACAAAAAGAACCCCAGCGGCUUGACUGAUCUUCAUCGAGAGUCCACCAUGUCUAUCAUGGACCACAGCCCAACCACAGGGGUGGUGACGGUCAUAGUCAUCCUGAUCGCCAUCGCCGCUCUUGGCGCUCUGAUCCUGGGCUGCUGGUGUUACUUGCGCCUUCAGAGGAUCAGCCAGUCGGAGGACGAGGAGAGUAUUGUGGGUGAGGGCGAAACGAAAGAGCCCUUCCUCCUGGUCCAGUACUCAGCCCGCGGGCCAUGCAUGGAGCGGAAAGCAAAGCUGACGCCCAACGGCACUGAGGCUCACAGCUAACUGGCUGUUUUGGAAAUAGACGGCCUUGAUGGCUGGAGCUGGAACCGAUACUGUGAAGGGACCAGAUGGGGACAUACCACUCUGUCGCACAACUUUGCCUCGAGAUGGAACUUUGCUGUCUUGUGGCUAUGCAUGCACUGAGGACAAGGUUCCCUGUUCUCUUGCAUCACUUUUUUUUCUUUGGCACAAGGUCCAUUGCCGGCAAUGGACGAACGGGGACACGGCGGUGUGAAAGGGACGACCUUGAUCUGUUACUUGAAUAAUUCCACUGAGCCUCUUUGGAAUGGAGCUACUGACGCAAUGUGAACUUACACAACUGUGAACUGUGUGUCUAGAUAGGUAGCCUCUGGGAAUGGUUUGAAUGUGCUUUUACAAAAAAAAGCAGCGCUCCUGGAUUUAAGAGACGCACAACCGCAAAUGAGAUUUUGGGGAAAGGUAGAUGGGGAAGAGAGGGUUCUCUUACGUGUGGUCCUUUGUGUGUGGGAAAUUCUUGUAGCUGUGGCCAUGGGGAAAAAUGGGAAGCGAGUUCUCUCUGGACUUGGGGCUGCUUCUGAACUCUCCUCCUGGAAUGCAGGUUAAUUUAAGUAGGGGGCAAUAAAAGGCACGGGAAAAUGUACUUUUAGGUGAAACAGUAACCAAUAUUAGUGAUGUUGAGUGCUCUGCAAAUGUAGUAACUGUGGGGAAGCUACCACAUCUAACCAAGUCGAAAGCAAGUAGCUCAUGACGGCUGUGCUUUUAAAAAAUGUUUUGAUGCAUGGUUGGAAGGCUGCUGGUAGACUUGGGGAGUGGUGGCAGAGCAGGCCUGCUUUGGCAUAUGAGAGCUGAAGAAACGCUUUUUCCACUGAGCCACCCCCUUUUAAAAGCAGUGUUCCUGUAACCAGUCCCUAAUUUAUCUCCCAGUGCACUGGUUUGUUUACAUUCACUCCUGGCUGCCAGGAAGCUUGUAAACAAGUUUAUCAAGAUAACACGACUUUGACUCGGCUGUAUAGUUUCAGUGUAUUUUGUAGAUAAAUGCGUUUUAAUGACAGAGCUUCUGUAAAUAACUUGACAUGGGGAGACGUAGAUGAAGUCACUUCUGUGUUAACAUUUCUUUCAUCCUUGCCUGUUUCCAUACUAACUCAGUGGUGGCAUGGGGUUUUUUUGUGUGCGUGGGGAAGGGGUAAAGUUUUGUGGCAGAAGAGAGUCUCUGGCUGCCACACUGAAACUGCAUUAGUUUCUGCAAAGAAUCCUGGGAAAUUGCUUUUACCCCUUGCAAAGCUACGAUCUGCAGCACCCACAACAAACUACAUUACCCAAGAUUCUUUGGAGGAAAUAAUGUGCUUUCAAUAUGUUUUAAAUGUCAGGUGUGUAUAUGCAGCCUCUUCCCCCCCCCCUUAUUUUUCAAAAAGGACAGAUGGUGUAGGUUGGAAAAUUUUCUGUUUAUUUUUCCAUGGAAGAUACUGUUUAAUAAGCAGUCGCAAAUACAUUGGCUUGUAUUCAGUACUAGUCCUACUCAGAGUAGACCCAUUAAAAUGAAUAGAUGUGACUUAACGUGAGGUUUAUUAAUUUAACGGUCCUGCUCUGAGCAGAACUUACUGGAUACAAUGCAGUAUUUAGCGAGCUUGCUGGUUUCGAAGUGCACGCAGUGGUUUGUUUAUUCCGUGGGAGCAAAAUAAAACAUCCCCAAUAGCCGAUGUGGUGAUCUUCAGAGGCUGUUGGGCUUCAGCUCCCAUCAGGCCCAGCCAACGUGGCCAAGGCUCAGGGCUGAUGACAGGAAGUGGAGGCUAUUGGAGAAUGAAUUUUUUAAAUUUAAAGUUAUCCUAUGCAAAUUGGCCUAGUUUGCUUAGGAAAAUGCAGUUUAAAGGUUUCCUAGGAAAACCUCACCCAACGAGGCCAAGCCUGUGCUCCAAAUGGAAAAUGGACAUGGACUGCCUUCAAGUCGAUCCCGACUUAUGGCGGCCCUCUGAAUAGGGCUUUUAUGGUAAGCAGUAUUCAGAGUUCGUUUCACCAUUGCCUUCCUCCGAGGCUGAGAGGCAGUGACUGGCCCAAGGUCACCCAGCGAGCUUCAUGGCUGGGUGGGGAUUCGAACUCUGGUCUCCCAGGUCGUAGUCCAGCACCUUAAUAGCUGGUCCUUUUUCCUCUCUUGUAAUUGGAAUGCCAACCAAAACCUGAUCCGGCCAAUAAAGAAAAAGAGCCAACUUGGACGGCUUUAACAGAGGAUUAGGCAAAUGAACAGUGGACAAGGCAGUCGGCGGCUACGCUUUGCCUCUUCUGUCGGAGACAGCCUGCUUCUGAAUACCAGUUGUUGGAAAUCGCAGGAGGGGCGAGUGCUCUUUGCACUCAGGUCCUGCUUGCAGGCUUCCCUUUGGGGCUUCUGGUUAGCCACUGUGAGAAUGGAAUGCUGGACUAGACAGGCCUUUGGCCUGAUCCUGCAGACUCUUAGGUCCUUAUGAGAGGUACAUGCCAUGCUCACCUCCUCAUCAUAGCACUGCAACUGCUGUGCUUCUGACUCCAGCAUGGUUGGAGGUUGAGGAGGCCUGGCGACAGGCUGCUGUGCAGAUGAUGGUAGAUAAAGCAAGGCCACUGCCCCUUGGAAUUGGAAGAGCAGUUUGAGAGAGCCCAGUCCUGUCCCUCCAACUAUACCCGGCACCAAGUUACAGCUCAGCAGAUGUGCUGGGGCAACUUACCGUGUCAUAUAUAUAAAGAGCAGGCAGGUCUGUUGGGGGGGGGGAGAGAAAAGCUGCUCUUUCUCCAGCUUUAGUAUGGGAAGGUGGUUUUGGUACCUCUGUGAUCCCCUCUAAGUAGCCUCGAAAAUUGAGGUGACUUGUUGCUAGCUUUUCCCCUGUCCCCUGGCUGGGGCAGACUGGAAAAUCUGAGCCAACUGCUUGAAAUGUAUUUCAAUGUUCACUACAAAUAUGGUCUAAUGACUCCUGUUCCACUGGCACCCCUACUUCUGAAACCUAAUACUCUUCUGGCUGCUUCCCAGUGAAUUGUGCCACCCUUUACCAAGGGAUUCUAGGAAGCUGCCUUAUACCAAGUCAGACCCUUCGUCUGUCUAGGUCAGUAUUGCCUGCGCUGGCUGGCAGUGGCUCUCCAGGGUUUCAGGCAGGAGUCUUCAGGAUGCCAGGGAUUGAACCUUCUACAUGCAAAGCAUCAUCAUCACUUUAUUACGGUCACAAGACCAACCAUAGAUAAACACAUUUAAGUUACAUGGGAUUGGAUAUGGUUAAAUACAUUUAAAACUGCAAACAUCGUAAUAAAUAUAUAUCAUGAUCACAAAUAAAUGGGCUUAAAAUUAUGAUUAUAAUUAAGUUUGAGGGGACAUCAGUAUGAGUCAUAAGUAUUUAAAAUCAUCAAGCUGCCAUGUAUAAGUCUCAAACAAGGGUGAGUUAAGCUAAUACUAAAAUUAGUAGUGAGAGUUUAGUUCACUUCGAGAUUCGAGUAGAGUUUAUAAGGACACUUUUUGCUUAUUUUUCUUAGAAUUUAUAACAAUCAAACUGAACUUGGCAACUGCUAAAGUUACCUCUGGAUGGUGGUCAGAUAGUAAGUAGUCCAUCCAAAAGGAUUCCGAUUGAUACAGAUGGGGGUCUAAAAUAGGGGAAAUUAGGUGAGAUCUAAUAGAGUGAUAAUUCGGACAACAAAAUAGGACAUGAGCGUUAGUCUCAAUUUCACCAAUUCCGCACUGACAUAGACGAUCUUUAUAUGGGAUUUUAUUGUAUCUUCAAGUACCGCUGAGGGGAGAGCAUUUAGCCACAUCAGGGUAAAUGCCCUACGGUAUUUAGGAAUUAUUAAAUUGGAUAUGUAAGGCAAUGGUCUUAAGAAGCUUAAAUUACAUCGUUGGUUUUUUAUAAGCAUUUGUUGGUGUUGUACGUCUAUAUCUCUCAGACGUUGGCUAAUAUUGCAGCGGGCGGCUACAUGCAAAGCAGAUGCCGGUCUACCCCUAAGUUAUAUAGUCCUCCUUUAUUGCUUUGGUCCAGUUGGCUUUUUGCUGGCUAUUUUUCUGCUGGGAUUGGUUGCCUGAUGCUCUGUUGAUCUGCUGUGGCAACUGUUUAGCAUCAGAAAGUGGGUACAGCUGGUAUAUUGGGGAGGGUAGGAAAAAGGGCAUGUAAGGGGAACGGUGUUUAUUGAAUCAGCAGCUUUGAUGCAAGCCACUAGGUCAGGUAUGAGGAGCCUUUGGCGCUCUAUAAGUUGCUCAACUACAACUCCCAUCAUCCCUGGCCCUUGCCACACUGGCUGGGGCUGAUGGGAGUUGUAGUUCAGCAGCUUAUGGAGGGCCUAUGGCUCCCCACCCAUGCGCCAAGUGCUUGGGCAUCUGUGUUCAAAACUGGCUUGAGUGGAGGCAAACAGCCUCAUUUUCAGCAGGGCCAGAUUAAUCUUGCAAAAAGGUUUCCCUCUCUCAUAGGAUUCUGCUGCUGAGCGUUCCUAAGAUAGGCCAAGCUAACCACUCUAGUGCUUCCCCACCAAACCCCAAUUUUUGCCAAAUUGUCUUUGUACACAUUUGCUCACAUCCACCCGUCUCUCAAAUGUUUAGAAUCCAGGCCCUGCUUUUGCACUUAAUUCUACCUUGUCCUUCCCUCUCACAUCAGGCACAUGUGCUGCAAUUCUAUUGUACCAGUGUGUGCAAGUUGAUUUUACUAAUCCCGUACUCAAAAGAGCAAAACACACAACGUAACUGGCUUCGUAUAGCAGCCUCUGGUGGGAUUUUAUACCCCUAGCAGAUGGGAACUAUGGAGUUCCUGAUUCAAAUUUUUUUUUAAAAAAAAGAUGUUCAGAAAGGGAGUCAGGCUUUUGCCAUCUCACAUCUUGGAGAACCACUGCCUGGCAGCGGAGAGCAUACCGAGUGGACACUCUGGCCCUGCAGAUGUAGCUGAACUACAACUCCCAUCAUCUGUGGCCAUUUUGCAAGGGCUGAUGGGAGUUGUAGUUCAGCUACAUCUGGCGGACCAAAGGCUCCUCAGACCUGAACCAGUACAAUGUGGGAAGUCAUGAAGAUGCCUACUGUGUCAUCCCCUAUUCUCUAUUUCCUCAGUCAUCAUGGGACAAUCGCACCCAUACAAACAGAGGUCAUCAGCAGAGGCCCUAAAAUGCAGGUCCCUGUGCCCUCCUUGGGUGGGGUGCAAGGCAUUAUUCCUCUGUUGUGGUUUUCUCUCUUUUCAGUACCGAGUGAAGAACUUUUCAAAAUUAUUUGCACAGAUGUUUUAAUUAUGUGUUAACUCUUGAGGACUGAUGGGUUUACGUUGGCUUUUUGGUCACUGUUGCUGGUGUCUCUUCUGUUUAAGUGUAUGUUUUAAUUGAUGUUAUUUUUAAUAUUUCUGUAAACAGCUGUGGGAGGUAGUUUUUACCUGAAAAAAAGUAUAGAAAAAUGCUUAAUAAAGAGAAAGCGUAACAGCAGCCCUGCUGUGUGACACCUAACGUCCUAUCUAAUCUAGCAUCCCAUUCCCAAGACUGGCCAACUGGGUGUAUCCAGGAAGCCCACAAGCAGAGCACAAAGGCAAACAGCCCUUCUUUGCUUGAUGCUUCCUGACAGUUGUCACCACGGGUGCCAUUUAACCAUCAUAACUAAUAGCCACUGAUGCGCUGUUCAAUAUCUCCAUGUAUUUGUCUGGAGCCCCUUUUGAAGCCACUUCAGUCAAUGGCCAUCUCCGCCCCUUGUGGUAGCAAUUAAUAAAUGUGGAUCAGGAAACAUCCUCUGCCAGGGAGCAUUAAAAAUAUGCACAGGUUUUGGCAGGAGGAGAGAAGGGUCCAUCUACUUGGGGGUCGUAUACACUCCUGGAGUUUUGCAUAACCAGUUCUCAAACGCUAGGCCCUUCAUAGUGGGGUUGUCCCACAGAGAAUCGCUGGUUUUUAUAUUGAAGUCUAUUUAUGUGUCAAGCAACAGGCUAUUUAGAAUGAUGGGGAACUCUUUGGGCUUCAAAAUUCUCCCCUCAGAGCUAGCAAACGAGAGUCAUGAGGGCAGGGUCAAUCUAGUUUCCCUAUCUGCUUUUUAUUUUUAAAGAUAUCAAUAGACUGCUCAUUAAGGGGAAUUUUAAGAAAAUGAUCAAACCCAAAUGCUCAGAACAGAAAAGGGGGUGGUAUGACCCUCCCGUUAUCAGGUAAAAUUUAAUUUUGGGGGGGUGUGUGUUUACACAUACGAUGCAUCCCAUCGAUUCUGUAAAUGAAAGUACUGAAGGCAACCAAUUUAGACAUUUCCCAGGAAGUGCAAAUUAGUAUCAGCCAAGGAGUAAAGCUGAUGUAGCCAAAAGUAACUUGUAACUAAGAAGGGCAGGGAGAAGAGGAGGAACUUUUACACUGCCAUCGUCCAACCAAAUUGCUUUAAUUUACGUUAAAUUGAUAUAAAAGUUAUCAAAUUAGUGCAAUUGUAAAGUGCAAAGAUUAGUCCCCAGACUGUGUUGUCAACAUCAUAAGCUUUCGAGCUUUGUCUGUUCGGUUCAUUGACUCGAUAUAAAAAUAUUCUUUGAUUUUGUUUCUAGUCCAGCCAAAAAAGAAGUCGUUACAACGAAAUUUCAAUAAAGUUUGCAUAAAGAUC